UCUGCACAGAGCAUUCAGAGCGACACCACGCAAGUUUAACCAACAAAGUUGUGAAAUCAUUGUGACAUAAAGUUCGGCAAGUUCAACAGUUUGUGAACUAUUUUGGAUUGCAUAAUACGGAUUAUCUGCAGUUAUUGAGUGAAGUGUUUGUGAACAUUCCUGACAAGGAGCACACAGUGUUUACUAUCAGUGAUCAGUUCGAGUUGAGAAGCAUCAAGCUGUCCAGCAUAAUGUACAAGGACCCAGUUGUUCCAGUGAAAGCUGAAACGUUCAGCGGCAUGGCUGCCAAAAGCUCAAUAAGCCAAAGCAUCAAGACGGUGCUGCGACGCGCUUGUGUGGAGAAACGGCUGACAGUCGGCCUCCUCCCUGCCAUCCAGUACUUGUCUCAAAACAGCAACCGGGCCCUCUUCUGUCUAACAGCAGAGGCGCCCCCAGGUGACAGUGCAACGCACAUGCAAGAAGUACUACUUCAAGCAUUCUGCGUCGAGAAUGACAUCUACGUCAUUAAGGUUGACUCCGAGACUAAGAUUCGGAAGUUGUUGGGCGGGUGCGGCGCCUCGAUGGACUUCAGCUGUGUCCUCGUGCACUACCCGUACACAGACCCGUUUAGUGACAGCCAAGAAUUCGACUUCUCAUCACUGUCAGACGCCGAGAGAGACCUCAUCGAGCACUGCGAGAUGAACUGGGGAUACUCCCAGACACCCGUCAUCAAGCUGCCUGAGAAGUGAAAACGUCGAAAACGUCUAAACAUAAUGGUUUUUGGAAAAAAAAAUUACACGACCUUAACGGUUCGUUUGCCAUUUCGGCCAUGUUGGCUGCGGCUUCGGCGUGUAGCGCCAUCUUUUGUCUAGUAGUUACAAUUACGUCUGUUAGUAGACUUUGCAUGAUACCAGUGUACAUUUGACCAUUGAAUGGGUUCUACUGUUUGUAAUUUCUUACUAACUUGUUAAGUUUGAAUUGUAACUUGUAAAUUUGUCUAUUGUAUUGUAUAGAGCAUAGACUUGGGGCAAUUUCGCCAAAAAAAAACUUACAAAAGAGAGAAAAAAAAAAGAUAAAAAGGAGAAAAAUUCUGAUUGUAAAUUGUCAAUAGUAAAUAUUGAUGAUAUAUUGUGCCACGAUGGCUUGCUAUACGAUUUGCAUGAAGACGAAAAAAUGUCUACUUUAUAUAAAUUGAGAGAUGUUCGCGAGGAGAUACAUAUUGUGAAUUUUGUACUUUUUUAAUGUGCAUGUGAAAAAGAUGAAAUUUUAUUAGAAUAAAUGAUAUUGUUAAGAUAAAA